AAGCAACGCCAGUGUUUGAUGUGGUCUCCCUCUACAACAUAAACAAAACAUUUCUGGCACCAAAAAAGAGGGAUUAUGGCUUGUUUUAGCUGAACAACUGAAUACCAGUCACUGUCUAAAGCUUGAGUUUGCCAACACAAUAUUUCCCAACACGCCACGGUCUCCUUGUCUGUCCUCCAGCCUGCUGUCAUUUCUCUCAUGAGGAUCCAGAGCUGACCUUUUUGCCGGGAUGGAGGUGGCCCUCUCUGCCACGGGGGUACUGCCGCAGCCUCUCAGGAGGGGGACCCCUCUGCCUCUGAGCCAGCUGGUGGAGGAGAGCCAGAGCGGAGCCAGGGGUCCCAAUCAUCUACUGGAAUCAAAAAUCUAUGCCAAACUGAAAAGCAACAGCCAGAUCCAAGCAGAGCCUCCAGAGCUUCACUUCAGUGGGUUUGAAUUGGGGAAGGAUUACACAAAGAUCCUGAAACUAAUCAACAUCUCCUCCGAAGUCAUGAAUAUUCACAUCAUCCCCACCCAAACCAAGCACUUCCAGACAACUUAUACUAAAAAGUACCGACUCGUCCCAGGCCUCGCCUACACGCUGAAGGUCAGGCUCUGUCCCGAUGAGUGGCGCUACUUCUACGACUACAUCCGGGUUCACUGCAAGGGGGAAGAGAACCUGUUAAUUCCAGUUCAUGCUUACCCUGUCAUCGAUGACCUGCACAUCCCUCCUCGCAUCGACCUAUCAGCCGUACCACUUGGACAAAGUGUUUGCCGCGCUAUUCCUCUGAGAUGCAGCUGCCCCAUUGAUUUUGAGUUCCAGGUGUAUGUUGUUCAGCCCCACGAGGCCUUCUCCAUCCACCCACUUACAGGUGUAAUACCAGCCAACGGUGAAGAGAAGAUCACUGUGACCUUUAGUCCUUUCCAGUAUGAGACUUGUCAGGUCACCAUCCAGCUGAUCAUCUCGCAGUUCAACAGCAGACCCUACCUGUGUACCAUCACUGGGAGCUCCGCCCCUCACCUAGCCCUCAGUGAGCUGGGAAGAAAGUCGGGUCACGGUGAAGCAGUGUCUGCAGAAUACAAAGAUGCUUCUCCUGCCACCCAAGUACCGCCUCGAAGUAAAACCAAGUACAGGUCGACUAAGGAGGCUGACAAAUCAAAGACAUUAAGAGAUCAGGUCGGUGUUAAGCCUGGAUCGAAGCCUCUGCUAGAUGUCUGCACCCCUGCAGGGGUGGCAAAGAUGCUGAUCAAAGACACCGAUAAACUGAGCUUUAAAGACCUGAAGGAAGCUAUAUCCUGUGGCAGUACGGUCGGUCUGCAAAACAAGCAGUUGAAGGAGGCGCUCUUCGUAAAAAAGGUCCAACAAAACGUGAAGGAGGAGCAAGCCAACCACCUCAGAUGGCAAGUUCAUCUUGGUAAGGACCCCGUGUCAGAGCUCUCCAGGAGGCAGAUAGCGGAGGAGAGAGAGAUCGCACUACAUGAAUACAUGGUCAAAAGGGGAGAUGUGAGGGACGAGGAAGACUUUGCUUCUGUACAACCUAAACUUUCCUCCAGUCGAGUGCUGUGUGAAGCAGGACAGGCCCGCGAGGGAGCCCCGUCCUUCCAGUUCUACUCCAGUUUUCGCUGGGAGCUGAGACAACGAGCCCUCAGACUGUUCCAGCAGGCAGCACGCAAGAUAGCGAUCCGAUGUCGCAUGAACCUCAGACUGACCUGUUUGAAGAAGCUGUCAGACAGUAUGAAGAACUCGCCCUCAGCACAGAAAGUUGAAGCGGAGACGUCUUGUGAUCUGAUCUCUCCAGACAGAAUCUUUCCAUUCGCUUUCCCCGUUUACUCUAAUGAAGAUGACCCACAGGCUCGCAAUGAUUUGGUCCCGGAGCCUGUGGAUCCCGUCGAUGUGACUGUGACAACACGGAUUCCUUUCUUGAAGCUUCAAGUUCCCCAGCACUAUAAGCUUAUGGGCUACCAGCAUGUGUCAGCCUUGGACGCAUUUAACGCUUACAUCCCCGCUACGUUGGCAAGACCACUUCGCACUGGAGCUCCGGACGAGCCGGUGCCCAAUGAGGUCGCAGCCCAAUCUCCCACAACAGCGGAGCUCUCAGCAUGUGAGGAAGAGCAGCAUGACAACGAAGAGGAGGCUGCCUGUCUCUCCUUCAGCGCCCCUGAAGCUCUGCUCACACCGUUUCCAGCGAACCCACUCAGGAUAUUUAACCCUGCUCCAGGCCUGCAGACCUACAAACCGACCCCCAAAUACCUGGAGAGUGACAUGGAGUUCCACCUCUGCCCUCUGCCCAGGUAUACGAUCCCUGAGAGCAACAAGAGUGGCAGAGGGACGCCAACCCCGAACACUCGGAAGAAGUAUCCGGACCGCAAGGAAAUGAUCCCAGGACUCAUGACGUGGAAGGAUUUCGGCUCGAUUACCUCCAAGUGUCUGUCCAACCAACCAGCUCUCAACAGCGACUGUUACCCGCGCAGGUCUGUCGACUACAGCACAGAUAUACUUCCACUCGCAGCACCUCCUCCUCUCACCGGCCCUCCUGAUGAUCUGCCUCCACUAAUGGACGAGCCGUGUGAAGGCUCAGGAGUCCAACUAACACCAGAGAUUAUCAGAGCGGAGUUCCUGUCUGGGGAAGCUCUGGUCUCCAAUGGCAACCUCACCAGAGGGACGGCAGCCAGGCACCAAAAGGAGCUUCAGAUGGAGGCGACCUACAGGUCCGAGCUCAACCAGAUGGGAAAAAGAGUGACGACCAGGUUGAAGCAACUCGGAGUCACUGACAUAACACCAGGAGAGGACUGCACUGAAUAGACAAAACACCUCCAAAUAGGCUCUGUGUACACACUUAACACAUGAAUAAACACAAUCGCAAGACUACAAGUUUAUUGCCUCCCUCCCACCUACUCAAACCUACCAGUAAACGCUCCUCCUGUGCUCUUACAAAGCCUGGGAAUUCGUUAUCCCUCCACCCACACAGAUCCAUAUAUAAGCACAGCCACAGUAGAUUCUAACAAGCUGCAUCACAUUACUACCUUCUGUGCUGUAGUUUAUGGUGUCAUAGAAGCAAAGAUUCAAUGUUUAUUACUAUUUAAACUGUAUUAUAUUGUAACAGUCACAUGCUUAAAUAUGAUUGACCCUGUUUGAUUUAAAUGCAUUAAAUGCUUUCCAUUGC